AACCGGCCGGUUCAAUCCAGACCAGCAACUGUAUCCACUCGUUUCGUUCCUUCUCUUGUCUUCCUCUGUUUCAUUCAUGUCAUGUCUGAAUUAUCAAACACAGUUUAACUUUUGUUAGUCACAACAAUGGCAUCAACCAUUCUCCAACUCACUUCAUUUUCUCCCACAAAACCCAACACAGAAGCCCCAAAACACGAAGCCACUUCACUCGCACAUGAACCAUUACCUUCCCUUCUUUCUCUCAUACCCAAAUGCACCUCUCUUAGAGAGCUCAAGCAAAUUCAAGCUUACACCAUCAAAACCCACCUUCAUAACAACACCACUGUCCUCACAAAGCUUAUAAAUUUCUGCACUUCCAACCCUACAACGGCUUCAAUGGACCACGCCCACCAAAUGUUUGAUCAAAUUCCUCAACCAGACAUUGUCGUUUUCAACACCAUGGCACGUGGGUAUGCACGAUUUAAUGAGCCAGUUAGAGCAAUUAUUUUGUUUUCUCGAGUGUUUCACUAUGGCCUCCUUCCAGAUGAUUACUCUUUCUCCUCUCUUCUCAAGGCUUGUGCAAGGAUCAAGGCACUUCAGGAAGGUAAACAACUGCAUUGCCUUGCUGUUAAACUCGGAGUCAGUGAUAAUGUGUAUGUGCGUCCAACACUCAUAAACAUGUACACUGCCUGCAAUGACAUGGAUGCUGCUAGAAGGGUCUUUGAUAAGAUUGACGAGCCUUGUGUUGUCGCUUAUAAUGCAAUCAUCACGAGUUAUGCUCGGAGUAGUCAGCCCAAUGAGGCCUUAGCUUUGUUUAGAGAAUUGCAAGAGAGUGGUCUUAAGCCAACUGAUGUGACCAUGCUUGUUGCGCUUUCAUCCUGUGCAUUGCUAGGGUCGUUGGACUUGGGAAGGUGGAUCCAUGAGUAUGUCAAGAAGAAUGGGUUUGAUCAAUAUGUAAAGGUGAAUACUGCACUAAUAGAUAUGUACGCUAAAUGUGGGAGUUUGGAUGAUGCCGUUUCUGUGUUUAGGGACAUGCCUAGGAGAGACACUCAGGCAUGGUCGGCAAUGAUUGUUGCUUAUGCAACACAUGGGCAUGGUUCACAAGCCAUAUCCAUGUUGGAAGAAAUGAAGGCUGCAAAAGUGCAGCCUGAUGAGAUAACUUUUAUUGGUAUAUUGUAUGCAUGUAGUCACAAUGGAUUGGUUGAGGAAGGUAAUGAGUACUUCCAUAGUAUGACUCAUGAGUAUGGAAUUGUUCCUAGUAUCAAGCAUUACGGGUGUAUGGUGGAUUUGCUUGGUCGAGCUGGGCACUUGGAAGAAGCCUAUAGAUUCAUAGAUGAGUUGCCAAUUAAGCCAACACCAAUUUUUUGGCGGACAUUGCUAUCUGCUUGUAGCAGUCAUGGCAAUAUUGAAAUGGGAAAACAAGUAAUGCAGAGAAUCAUUGAAUUGGAUGAUUCCCAUGGUGGGGAUUAUGUCAUUUUGUCAAACUUGUGUGCGAGACAUGGAAGAUGGGAUGAUGUGAAUUACUUGAGGAAAAUGAUGAUAGACAAAGGAGCAGCAAAAAUCCCUGGCUGUAGCUCAAUAGAGGUCAACAAUGUUGUGCAUGAAUUCUUUGCUGGGGAUGGAGUUCAUUCCACUUCUACCAAAUUGCACGGAGCUCUUGAUGAGUUGGUAAAGGAAUUGAAGCUGGCUGGGUAUGUACCUGACACAUCUCUGGUCUUUUAUGCAGACAUAGAAGAAGAAGAGAAAGAAAUUAUUCUUAGAUAUCACAGUGAGAAAUUGGCCAUUACUUUUGGUCUUCUGAAUACUCCCCCCGGAACGACAAUUCGUGUGGUCAAGAACCUUAGAGUCUGUGGUGAUUGCCAUAAUGCUGCUAAAUUUAUAUCAUUGAUCUUUGGUAGGCAAAUUAUUCUGAGAGAUGUCCAGCGAUUUCAUCAUUUCAAAGAUGGGAAAUGCUCCUGUGGGGAUUACUGGUAGUGGAGUUUAUUGACCCAAUAUUCAUUUUUUUAAUCAAAAUUUAGAAAACUGGUCUAUUUAUUGCCACAGAAUUAAGUGAACAGACACUGUGUGCAACCCAGAAAAAAAGGUUUGUUCCUGUAAUCUUGGGAAUGUUUCAUAGUUACAUAGUCCAUGCUUGUAUCAAUUACUACCGUGGUAUAUAGCUCAUUAUAUUGCUGAUAUUUUUUGUCAUUGAAGUUUAUUUACGUAAAUAAGAACAUGUAUAUUUGACCUUGUGAUAGUAGAUAUAUGCUGGUGGCCCUGGAAUUUAAACUGUAAGUAAUACAAUAUACUUUGUAUGCUGCAUUAACCGUGUGUUUAAUUUAUUAUUAUAGAAGA